CGUUUUCAUUCUGAUCUCAAUGCUUUGAAUUGAUUGGAGGAAGCUACCAUUCUUUCUCUGUGUUCUUCAUCACAGUUUCUUGUUGCUUUUGUUGUCUUCAUCAUAUUGAUGUUGUCAGAAGAAGAUAUGUAGUUGAGAUGUAGCAUGGCUGCUCUAAUCGCGUGUUGUCAAUUCCUAACACUGUCACCUCGAGCAAAGGCGUGGCUAAAGAAGCAAUUGAUUCAAUUGGACUUGUACGAGACAAGAGUUGGUAAACUAGAAGAUGUUGUGGAGAAGCUCAAGAAGAAGAGAGAUUCUAUUCAAAAUACAGUGGACGAGGAAGAACGUCGACAUGGAAGAAAAAUUCACGUUGAAGUUAAAGAAUGGAUGGACAAGGUGGAUAAACUCAUUCUCACAUAUAGGGGUUUCCACAAUGACGAAAUAUGCCAUAAAUGUGCAAUGUUUGAAUUUUUCAACAGUGGUUUCCUUCCGAAGCCAGGGAUAAGGUAUCGUCGAAGUAGAAAAGCAGAUGAUAUCACAAAGCAGGCAAAUGGGUUACUACAAAAUGCAAAGUUUGACAUUUUAUCUUAUUGGUCUGGCCCACCCUCCAUGGCUGCCUUUUUUUCUAACCUUGGUUAUGAAAGUUAUUCAUCAAGAAAUGAUACUGUGAAAAAGAUUACUGAUGAAUUUCAAAAGCCAGGUGUUAGAAUGAUUGGUCUUCAUGGGUUGAGUGGCGUUGGCAAGACCUCUUUAGUCAAAGAGGUUGUGAAGAAAGCCUUGAAAGACAAGAUGUUCGAGGUGGUGACCAUGGCAAGUGUGACAAAAAGCCCUGAUGUAAGAAAAAUCCAAGGACAAAUUGCUGAUAUGUUAGGGGUUGUAUUGGAGGAGGAAAGUAACAUUGCACGAGCUGCUAGGAUACACCAGAUAUUGAAUGAUGAGAAUAAGAGCACACUCAUAAUCCUAGAUGAUCUUUGGGAAGAAGUGGACUUUAACUUGUUGGGGAUUCCAUGUGAAUUAGAGAAAGAUGAUGGCGUAACCAGUGUCAAAGGAAAAUCAGUUGAUGUUGAUAUAUUGAAGAAUGUCAGUGAUGGAAAAUCCCCCGUCCUUGAUAAUUCGUCAAGUUUUAGAAAAGGAACGUUACGAGGUGUUGAUGGUUCUAAGAAUGUAAAUAAAGCAAAAUCCCCUGUUCUUGAUGGUUCGAUAAGUUUUAGAAAAGGAACGUUAUACGGUGUUGACGGUUCUAAUAAUGUAAAUAAAGGAAAAUUCUCCGGUGCUGCUAACUCGAUGAAUGUCAAGAAAGGAGAAUUCCUUGGUGGUGGUUUGAAGAAUGUCAAUGAAGGAAAAUCCUCCGUUGAUGCUUCUGAUACGGUGAAAACAGAAAAAAUUGUUCCUCAAUACAAAGGGUGCAAGAUUUUGAUGAUUUCUGAAAUCAGACAAGUGUUGUUAAGCCAAAUGGAAGGGAAAGAAGAGAGUAUUUUCCCCGUGGAAGUCUUAAAGGAGAAGGAAGCAGAGAUGUUGUUCAAGAAAAAGGCUGGAAUAGGUGGCAAGAAUUCUGAAUAUGACAAAUUAGCUGCUCAAAUUGCCAACAAGUGUAAAGGAUUGCCAAUGACAAUAAUUACCACUGCAAGGGCAUUGAAAAAUAAGAGCCUUUCUGUAUGGGACGAAACUAAUCGAAAGCUUGAUUCUCAAAACUUAGCUGGAGCACCUGAAUUUUCUACCAAGUUGAGUUAUGAGCUUUUAGAAGAUGAGGAACUCAAGCACACUUUCUUGCUUUGUGCACGCAUGGGUCAAGAUGCAUUGGUUAUGGACUUGGUGAAAUAUUGCAUUGGUUUUGGUUUUCUUCGAGGAAUCAACACAGCAAGGCAAACCAGGGACAAAGUACAUACGUUGGUUUCAAAGCUAAAAGAGUCAGGUUUGUUGUCUGACAGUUAUUCAAGUGAUUAUUUCACCAUGCCUGAUAGUGUUCGUACUGCAGCUUUGUCAAUAGCAUAUAAAGAAAAUCAUUUAUUUACAAUGACAAAGGGAAAACUAGAUGAAUGGCCUGAUAAUCUUGAAAUGUAUGCUGCUAUUUCCUUACAUCAUUGUGACUUCAUUGAAGAGUUUCCUGGGAGAAUAAACUAUCCAAGACUUAGAGUCCUUCAAAUUGUCAAUAAUAUUCCACGCCCGAAAAUACCUGAAAAAUUCUUCGAAACAAUGAAAGAACUCAGAGUGUUGAUAUUGACUGGUAUUUAUCUCUCCCUCGUUGGUUCUUCACUUUCAUCCUUGCAUAAACUUAGAAUGCUUUGUUUGGAGCAAUGUUGCAUGCUAGAUGAUGAAUUAUACAUCAUAGGAGAGCUGAAAAGGUUAAGAAUUCUAAGUUUUUCAGGAUCUGAUAUUGAAAGUUUGCCAACUAAGUUAAAUGAGUUGAAAAUGCUACAAAUUUUUGACAUAAGUAAUUGCUCUAAACUUAAAAAAAUUCCAAAUGGUGUCAUACCAAGCUUGGUAAGUCUGGAGGAGUUGUAUAUGAGAAAUACCUUGAUUCAAUGGGAGGAUGAAGAACAAACACGUCAAAGUAAAAUAGCUCUUCUUUCCGGUUUGAAACAUUUAAAUCAAUUGACAACUUUAGACAUACAAAUCCGAAAUGUUUCCUAUCUGCCAAAGAAUUUGUUUUUUGACAAGUUAUUUAGUUACAAGAUUGUUAUUGGAGAUUUGAGUUCAGUUUUAGAUAUUGAUUUCAAGAUGCCAGAGAAAUAUGAAGCAUUGAAAUUUUUGGCAAUACGAUUGAAAAAUGGAUCUGACAUUCAUUCUCUAAAGGGGAUCAAAAUGUUGUUUGAAGGAGUUGAAAAUUUGUUCCUAGAACUUAAUACUGUCGAUGACAAGCAGAAUAGUGAAGCAGAUAAUAUUGUGCACGACCUUUUUUAUAGAUUGAAUUUAAAAGGAUUUCCAUAUCUUAAGCAUUUAUGGAUUGUAAAUAAUUCUACCAUUCAAUCUCUUAUCUAUCCAAAGGACAGGCAGCUCCCUGAGAAAGCUUUUCCAAAAUUGGAGUCAUUAUGUCUCUAUAAUCUUAAGAUAGAUAAGAUAUGCUCCUGUAACCUAUCAGAACCCUCUUUUGGUAAACUGAAAGUCAUCAAGAUCAAUCACUGUGGUGAAUUGAAGAACGUCUUCUCAAUUUCUGUUGUUGGACUCUUAAAAGUUAUUGAAACAAUUGAAGUUUCUGAAUGUAACUCUUUGAAGGAAGUCAUUGAUGUGGAGCCACAAAACGACCCUGAUAAAACUGAGCUUCUUAUGCUUCCUGAAUUACGCUAUUUGAAGCUACAAUCUUUGUCUGAGUUUAUUGGGUUUGAUGCCAUUCCUCAUAGAGAAGGACAGGAAAGAAAACUCUUCCAUGAAAAGGUUGGGGUUUCAAAAUUAGAGAGGCUGGAGUUGUCCUCACUCCAUAUUGACGUAAUAUGGAGUGUCGACCAAUCUUCAAAAAGGCUAUCUUUUGAAAGUUUGACACAUUUGGAUGUGAAUGGUUGUUGGAAAUUAAAAUAUUUGAUGUCAUUUACAAUGGCCAAAAUUUUGGUGAAUCUUCAAAGCCUUUAUGUAAGUGACUGUGAGAAGAUGAGAAGCAUCUUCCUCCCUGACCAAGAUAAGGAGAAGGAUAUUAUGGCUAGCAUCUUUCCAAAAUUGAAGAAUAUGAAACUUCUCAAUAUGAAUAGUCUGAGUAAGAUAUGGAAUCUAAAACUCCCUUUGGACUCUUUUAACAAACUAGACACUCUAAUCAUUGAGGAGUGUCACAAACUUGGAAAUGCAAUGGAGGGAAUAUUUGUGAGUUUAUGCAACUUGAGAGUUACAAAUUGCAGGUCCAUGCAAGCAAUAUUCAAUAUACGUGACCAAGUUGGGGAUGCAGCUAAUAACUUGCAAGAUGUUCAUUUAGAAACACUCCCAGAAUUGAAACUUGUAUGGAAAAUGAACAAUGAAGACCGAAUAGGGAUUCCUAAGUUUAACAAUGUGAAGAAGAUAUGGGCUCAAGAUUGUGACAACUUGGAAUAUAUAUUUCCAUUUUCUAUAGCCAAGAGUCUUGGUAAUCUUGAAUCUCUUGUGGUUUGUGAUUGCUAUGGAUUGAGUGAAAUUGUUGCCCAAAGAGAAGCUACCCACACGGGUAGAGCCAGGUUUAACUUUCCUAAACUAAGCACCGUCAAAUUUUCAAAACUGCCAAAACUUACGAGCUUCUAUCCAACAGCUUAUGAUUUAUCAUGUCCAUUGAAUGAGCUGUCUAUCGAACUUUGUAAAAAUCUGGAACCAUUCAAUAAAGGAACCCAGCAUGCAGAAAGAAAUCCUAUACAUGUAUGCUUUCCUGAAGAGGUAAUCAAUAACUUGAAGUCCAUGCAAAUUGAGUCUUGGCAUGCAAAGUCACCAAGCAGUUAUAUGGGUAAAAGGAACCAUCGAAGGGAUAACUUAGAAGAGCUUUCUUUGUCUAGAUUAAUAGAUACUGGGAUUUUAUAUUCUUUCCUUCACAGAAGUCCUAAUUUGAAAAGCCUAUCAUUGAGUAAUUGUUACUUUGAAAAGAUAGUGCCUCCAAAGGAAGAUACUGAAAUUGAAAACUUGGGAGUAGUCCCAAAUCUGAAAAGCUUAAUGUUGAUAGACUUGCUGAAUCUCAAAGAGAUAGGCUUUGAACCAGACAUCAUUCUUGAAAGGUUAGAGUUCUUGAUCUUGAAGAACUGUCCUCGUAUGAUUACAAUGGCACCUUCCUCUGUAUCUUUUACUCGAUUGACAAAUCUUGAAGUGAUCAAUUGUGAUGGAUUGAAAAGUCUAAUGUCAGCGUCUACUGCACAAAGUUUGGUUCAGCUCAACACCAUGAAGGUAGUGAAAUGUGAAUCCCUGGUGGAAAUAGUAAGAAAAGAUGGAGAAAAUUCUGACAUGGUUCUUUUUCAACAAUUGAAAGCCCUGGAGCUUGUUUCAUUGAAGAAACUCAAGAGUUUCUGUGUCUCUGAUUGCGCCUUUGAAUUCCCAUCAUUGGAGAAAUUGGUAGUGAGUGCAUGUUAUAAUAUGGCUAAAUUUUCUGAAACAGUCACCAGCUCACCACUUUUACAAAAUAUACAUGUUGUCCACGGAAAAGAGAACAAACGAUUCUGCUGGGAAGGAGAUAUAAAUGCUACAAUACAAAAAAUAUUCGAGGAAAUGAAAUUUUUUGAAGGCAUGGAGGAGAUGAGCCUCUCCCAACAUCGAGAGCUAGAAGAAAGCUGGGAACGUGGAACUAUUCUGCAAAAGCAAAAUAGCUGGUUUUAUAGUUUGAAAAUUUUGAAGCUUGAGAACUGUGAUAUUGAACCAUGUGCAAUUCCAUCAAAUAUUCUUCCUUACUUGAGGAGCUUAAAAGAACUGCAAGUACGAGGUUGCGACAAUGUAGAGGUAAUUUUUGAGAUGAAUGCUAAAGAGGGUACUGGAACAACAUUUCAGUUGCAGAAAUUGACUUUAUCAAAACUGCCAAAACUUGAGGAUGUGUGGGAAAGGAACGGUAAAGGAACUGAGAGCUUUCAAAAUCUGAAGAUGGUCCAUGUCAGUGAAUGUGAAAACCUUCAAACUGUGUUUCCUUUGACCUUGGCAAAAAAUCUUAAGAAGCUUGUCAAACUUGAGAUAAUUGGGUGUCAUGCAUUGCGUGAAAUUGUCAGAAAGGAAAAGAACGUAUCAGCGGUGUUUGUGUUCCCUUGCUUAAUUACACUGGGUCUUUUUGAUUUGCCAGAGCUCAUUUACUUUUACCCAGAAUCAUUUACUUUGGAAUGCUCUGCGUUAAAUAAAUUAAUCGUGUGUUAUUGCCCAGAUUUGGAGCUAUUUGGAAGUGCUAACAGACAAUCUAUUUUCUUUGACCUAAAGGAUAUUUGCAACCUUGAGGAACUGACAAUUGAUUGGGAACAAACAUUGGUGUUAAGGACAAAGUUGGGAGAACCUACGGACAACCUCAAAUAUUUAAAUCAUAUUCAGCUUUUCCUUGAGGUUGAUGAGAACGAAAGGCCUGAUUUGCCCAUUCAAAUACUCCUGAAGAUGCCCAAUUUAACAAAAAUGAGUAUACACUAUUCCAAUUGCCUCGAGGUAUUCCAAACUCAAAUCCCAGAAGUUGUUGAAAAAAGGGUGCUUACACACUUGAAAACUUUGAGACUAAAUUGUGUGUCGAAACUCCAGUCCAUUGGGUCGGAGGACUCACCAUGGUUAAAUGUGAUUUGCGACAGUGAAAACCUCCAAAAAUUAGUUGUUCUCAAAUGUCCUGAUUUGAAAACAUUGGUGCAUUCUCCUGCUUCAGUUUCUUUCACUUAUGUGAAAGAAGUAUACAUAGACAGGUGUAAAGAAUUAAAGUAUUUAUUCACAUUAGCAUCAGUAAACAAGUUAGAGAACCUUGAGCGUAUAAAAGUCAAUGAUUGUGAAUCAAUGGAAGCAAUAGUCUUGAAAGAAGAGGAUGACAUUUCAGAAGAGAUCAAGUUACAACAGCUAAAACACAUAGAUCUAAAUGGUUUAUCAAGCUUGGAAUGCUUUUAUUCAGGCAAUGACAGUUUGCAGUUACCCUCCUUGGUGCAAGUGGACAUAUGGAAAUGCCCCAAGAUGGAGUUUUUCUCUAGAGGAGAGAUUCACCUAAAUUCUUCUUUUAGAGGAAUUCAAGCUUCAAACGUCUCAAGUGAUGACUUCGUCUUCUACCAUGAUCUUAACUUUUCGGUAGAAAAGGUGUUCUUGCAACAGGAGUUUUUUCAAGCCGUGGACAAAGAGUGCUUUUCUGAUAAUCUUGACCUACAAGCUGAGCCGCGUGGUAAAAUUGGUCUGCAAAACAAAUGGUUGGCCAAUUUGGAAACAUUGAAGUUGCAAAACUGCACGCAAUCAUAUGCAAUUCCAUCUUUUAUUCUUUGUCUUUUAAAGAACUUAAAAGAGUUAGAAGUACGAGAUAGCGACCAAGUAAAGGCAAUUUUUGAUAUGAAUGAUGACACUGAGAUUAAGGAAACAGAAUCCCAGUUGAAGAUAUUGACUUUAAAUGGGCUAUCAGAGCUUACACAUGUAUGGGAAAAGGACACUCACAGAAUUCUAAUCUUUCGCAAUCUGCAAGAGGUUGUUGUUAGUGAUUGUUCAAAGCUGCAAACUUUAUUUCCUGCUUCCUUGGCAAAAAGUCUCAAGGAUCUUAAAAAGCUUAAAAUAGAUUCCUGUGAAAAUUUGCAUGACUUUGUUGAACAGGAAGAAACAACAUUUGUAACUAAAAAGUUUGUGUUCCCUUGUCUAGAGGAUUUGGAACUUAAUGACUUGCCCCUGGUCACUUGUCCUAAAACAUUCACUCUGGAAUUCCCCUCGGUAAAAUUCUUAUCUGUGAGGAACUGUGAUGAGUUAGGGUUAUUUCAAAGUGUAUACGAUCCCAUGGGUGAGGGUACUUCAAGCAGCAGACUUCCUCUUAUAUCAGAUCCAAAGGUCAUUUCCAACCUGGAGAAACUGACUCUUGAUUGUAAACAAAUUUUGGCAUUAAGCUUAUGGUUUAAGUCACAGAAAUCUACAGAGGGCCUCACAAAUUUUAACACCAUUUCCUUGUCGUUCUUUGGCAUUGAUGGGAAUGAAGUGCCUAUGUUGCCCAUUGAAAUACUCAAGGCACCAAGUUUAAUAGAACUGGAUAUGAACAAUUGCAAUAAUAUCGAGAAUUUCCUUGCUCAAAACCCCAAGAUUGGCGAGGAGGAGAUGCUGAGACAGUUAACAAUAUUGAGGCUAUGCAAUGUAUCCACAACACAAUUCUUCGAGUUAGAGUACUGCUUAAGCUUAAACAUAAUCUGUGAGAGGCUCCACAAAUUAACUCUUUCCCAAUGUCCUCAUUUGACAACAAUAUUAAGAGUACAUUCUGCGGUGUCUUUCUCUUGCCUGAAAGAACUAAAUAUUUACAAAUGUCCAAACUUGAAGUAUUUAUUUACAACUUCAGCUGCCAAAAAGUUAAUGAACCUUGAGGAGAUUAGGGUCACCGAAUGUGAAACACUGACAGAAAUAGUGUCUAAAGAGGGAGAUGCAAGUUCAGAAGGCAUUAAAUUUGAUCGACUCCACACCAUUUAUCUACAAUCUUUAACAAGUUUAGUAUGCUUUUAUUCUGGAAGUGACAGUAUAGAAUUAUCAUCUUUGAAAACUGUGGCAAUACGGAGCUGCCCGAACAUGGAGAUUUUCUCCCAUGGAAAUGAAUCCCUUAUGGGAGUUGCGUUAUCCACGGACCAGGGAGCGGAUGAUGUACACCCUCCACAAGAUCUUAACACCAGAAUAAAAGGGAUCAUACAACGAAAGGAGUUUUUUGAAGCAGUUGACAAGGAGUGUUUUUCUGAUAAUAUUGAGCUACAAGAAGAUCCGCACUGUAAGUUUGGCCUGCAAAACCAAUGGUUGCGCGAUUUGGUUAGUUUGAAGCUUCAGAACUGUACUUUGCUAUGUGCAAUUCCGUUUUCUAUUCUUGCUCUUCUACAGAGCUUAAAAGAGUUGGAAGUACAGGAUAGUACAACAAUAGAGGUGCUUUUUUAUAUGAAUGACAAUGAGAUUAUGGGAAUAACAUCUCAGCUGAGGAUUUUGACCUUAAAAGGGCUAUCGAAGCUGACACGUGUUUGGGAAAAGAACAAAAAUGGAGUUCUUAACUUUUCAAGUCUGGAACAGGUCGUUGUUAGCAAUUGCGAAAACCUGCAAACCUUAUUUCCUGCUUCCCUGGCAAGAAAUCUUAAAAGUCUCAAAGGAAUUGACAUAGAAUCUUGCGUUGAGUUCCAAGAAAUUGUAGAAAAAGAAGACGACACAGAAGCAAAAUUUGUGCUCCCUUGUUUAGAGGAGUUGAAUCUUUCGUUUUUACCACAACUCACGUGCUUUUAUCCUCAAACAUUCACUUUGGAAUGCCCAACCUUAAAUUUAUUAUCUGUGUUUGAGUGUGAAAGAUUAGAGUUGUUUCAAAGUGAACAUUCCAUGGGUGAGGGUACUUCAGUUAAGAGACAACCUUUAAUUUCAAGUCUAGAGGUCAUUUCCAACCUGAAAGAAUUAGAACUUGAUUGGAAACAUAUUCUGGCAUUAAGAUCAAGGCUUAGGUCUGAAAAAUUUACUGGCAUCUUCAAAUUUGUGAAUAAAAUGAAUCUGCUCCUAAACGCUGAUGUGAGUGAGAUGCUUAUAGUGGUCAAUGAAAUAGUCCAUACAACACCCAACUUAAUAGAAAUGAUUGUGAUGAUAGACAAUUGCAAUAGUAUGGAGAUUUUCCUUGCUCAAAACCCCAAAAUUGGUGAGGAUGGGAUGCUCUUACAGUUAAGAACAUUGAAUCUAUUCCGUAUAUCUGAUAUCCGGUCCAACCAGCCAGAGAACUCGUCAUGGUCAGACACAUUCUCCGAGAAGAUUCACGAAUUACAUGUAUUCGAAUGCCCUCAUGUUGAAACAAUUGGAGUGCAUCCUACUUUUUCAGUUUCUUCCUCUUUUCUGAAACAGGUGUUUGUACAAAAAUGUCCCCAAAUGCAGUAUUUGUUUACAUUUUCAGUCGCAAAAGAGUUGGUGAACCUUGAAGAGAUCACAGUCAUAGAAUGUGAAUCACUAAAGGAAAUAGUGUCCAAAGAGGGAGAUGAAGAUGAACCCAAAGGAGAAGGUGACGAUAAAUAUGAGAAUGAGAUGAUAUUCAUGAAGCUAGAGAACUUGAUUCUUGCCUCAUUAGACAAUUUAGAAAGUUUUUACUCGGGGAGUUGCAUUUUAAAUUUCCCAUCCUUGAGAAAAGUGGCGGUCAACGAAUGCCUCAACUCCAAAAUUUUCCGUCAUCGUGAUAAAGUGCCUCCAAAAUUUACGGUGAUAAUAGAUGAAAUCCUAGGUAAAGGUGAUAAAAAAGCUCUGGUCACGCAACAGUUUGAGGAGGAGGCAUCCUGAGUUAGUUUGGUGGCAAAUUCCCUUCACUUGUAAUUCUUUUAAAACAAUUCAAGUUGCAGGGAAUCAGGGGACUCAAAGAAGGAAAUGAUAGUGACAUGACUACAGCUGUCAACAAAUAGAGUGUUUUUUCUUUGUGUUGAAGUGCAGUGUUCAUUAAUAAAGUUUCCCUAUAUACCUACAGGAAACUGUGAAUGGUUCUCAAGACAUAUAAGGUUGUAUGUGAAUAAGAGUGGUUCUUGUACUCAUAUAGGAGAAUAUGUGUGUUGCUUGUAUUAUAGAGAUUUGAAUUGUUUUAAAUUUAGUUCUUGAAGGUUUUUCUGUGAAGAAAUUUGACAUGAUUGUAUUUGUAGAGAAAGAUGCUCUGUGAAUAAGUUGAAAGUUAAACAUUGCAUGACUAGACAUGUUUGUCGUUGGUGUUCCAUGAACAAUGCUGAAAUGUAUUUGUGUAUGUAAUAUGGUUCCUAUGUUGUAAAAUGAGUGUUUCUGUUUUAAUAAAGUUGUCCUAUUGUACA